CUGUAAGAGGAAGUAGAUCCUUGAGAAACUACAACGUCCACAAUGCGUACAGAGUGAAGAAUUGUGCUGGCCAGUUGAAAUGUAAAGCGCAGGAACUCGUCUCCAAGGGGUUCUCCUCUUGCCAGCAACCUUUGAUACCUUAGGAGUAGUUGAAGAUUACUGCAGAGUUCCUGGUUCUUCAGUAAGGACUGCUUUUGAAGACGCCACUUUAGAAGGAUGUGGUGUCGCAGGCUGGUAUGGCUCUUUCCAGAAACCAGAAGGCUUCUAACCAAAGUGGCUAAACGACAACAUCAGUGGACACCCAAAUUGCAAAGGUCUACUGCUUCAAUUGUUCGAUGGUUCGGUACUGCUCCAGAGGCUCGGGAAUGCUCAUGGGUCUUACAUGAUGAUCAUUUUGAACUGAUAUACUCCGGUACAUGCAUGCACUUUGACUAUGUCUGGCUUCGGGAUCAUUGUCGCUCAGCCUCAUGUUAUAAUACCAAAACCAACCAACGCAGUCUGGACACGGCCAGCGUGGAACUAGACAUCAAACCGGCACAAGUUCGAGUAGAUGAGACCACUCUGUACCUGACAUGGCCGGAUGGUCACAUGACUCGCUAUGGCUUGGAAUGGUUGUCACAGAACAGCUAUGAAGGACAGACGCAGCAGCUCGUGCAGCCGAGGAUACUGUGGAAUGACAAGAUCUAUAAGGAGGCAAACGUCCCGGCCGUCAGUUACCUGGAUUUCCUGGAGACAAACGAGGGGUUGAGAGACUUUCUGCGCAAUUUCCUCCUUUAUGGUAUUGCUUUUGUAGAUGAUGUUCCAGCCACCCAAGAAGACACCGAAAAUGUGGCAGAGAGAAUUAGUCACAUCCGGGAAACUAUUUAUGGUAAAAUGUGGGACCUCAAAUCCGAUUUCUCACGGGGAGACACGGCGUAUACCAAACUCGCUCUGGAUCGUCAUACAGACACCACGUACUUCCAAGAGCCUUGUGGAAUGCAGCUUUUUCAUUGCUUGCGGCACGAAGGUACGGGCGGGCGCACCCUCCUGGUAGACGGCUUCUAUGCUGCCGAGCAAGUGCGACAACAUCACCCUGAAGACUUUGCCGUCCUCAGCAAUAUCCCACUGAAGCACGAGUACAUUGAAAACGUUGGGGGAUGCCACAACCACAUGGUUGGCAUUGGCCCAGUACUGAAUGUUUAUCCCUGGAAUAAAGAGCUUUAUAUGAUUAGGUACAACAACUAUGACCGCGCUGUCAUUAACACAGUGCCCUACGAUCUUGUGCGGCAAUGGUAUUCUGCACAUCGCGUCCUCACCACUGAACUGAGGAAGCCUGAGAAUGAGCUGUGGGUGAAGCUAAAGCCGGGCAAGGUUCUAUUUGUGGAUAAUUGGAGGGUACUACAUGGACGGGAGUCCUUCACAGGUUUCAGACACCUUUGUGGUUGCUAUCUCACCCGGGAUGAUGUCCUGAACACUGCACGUUUCAUGGGCCUUAAAGCCUGAAUAUAUUGCAGAGAUUGCAAUGACAUUACUAUAUACACUGCCAAAACAAUAUAACCAGGCCUCAGGCAGACUUUGAAAGUCAACAUAGGAAUGAUCUACAAGUGUAAUUGUCUCUAUUACUCCAUGCUUCACAGUCCUAUUCUAAUGUACAUUUUUUAAAUUAUAAUCAGAUGAAUUUACAGAUUUUUUUUUUUAUCUUCAUUGUAUUAGUAUCUCUAUUAAAGGUACAACACCAGCAAAAUUUUUAUCACAUAUUUAUAUAUAUAUGUGAAUAUUCUAUAUAUAUAAUUUUUUUUUUUUUAUGAGUGGACCAGUUUUAGGAUAUUUUUUUUUAAGUCACUCCGUGUAUUUUGCUUCCUUUCCAGCGUCUUUAGUUUCCUGUCUAGACUUUAAGCAUGACUGGUAUAACACUUUUUCUCAGGCCAGCACUCAGAUCAGGGAGAAGUAGGUUGAGGACACAGUUAGAUCACCACACCUCCCCCUAGGCUGUGGCUGGUCAGGGAUUCUCGCAUUACACUUAUCAAUGCACUGUUCCGCUGUGGACUUGUAUUUAAACAUAGGACAGUAGAGAGUAAUCAAACUAUAGAGAGUGUCUAAAAACUGAAUAUAAUACAAAACCUCAGUGUAUAUUGACACACAAAUAUUUAUGCCAUAUGAAUGCCAUAAAUGUAAUGCAUUAACCACACUCCCAAAGAAAGCAUGUGCCAAAAGGCUCAUUGGAGGGUGAUGUGGAGAACAUUUUCGGCUGACCAGACAUAACUCACUUGGGUCAGUAUAGGUUUUUGCAAUGGCGGUUAGUUCUAUUCAAAACUGUUUAGAGGUACAAACACAGAUUGUUGCUGGUGCAGUCAUAUUUUUGGUAUAUAGCACAUAUUUAUCUUCAGGUGUAUCAGUAUACAUUUAUUUUUUCAUUGUAUUCAGGUUGUUUAAUUGUUUGAAUGUGUCUCUUUGUCACGUAUGGCAUAGCUUGCAUAUUGAUAAAGAGAUCAGUUUUUGAACAAU